GGCCAAACAUUGAUUCAACACUCGCAUCAACUCAACAACUACGACAACCUUCGCGCGACGUUUCCUACCCAUGGAACUUCCGCUCUCCAGCGGCCGCGAAUACUAACAACUGCAGAUUUCCAGCAUCUUGCAGUUCUACAGGUAAGACUUGGGUAGGUAAGUACCGUUUGCGAAUAGACAGGCAAGACAGGGCAGGGCCAUCCUCUGUUUCCCUUCCGAUCAUCGUUGGGUCCUGGAAUCGUUGCGCAGUCAUAGCAUCAAUUCAUUCGACGGAUCCAUCAACGAUUUUCAUCUUUGUUACCCACGUAUUAUCGCCUGCGCCACCUUUCUUCAUCCCGCCUCCCGACAUUUCGAUAUCCGACAACAGCCCCCUUUACAUACAUAUCGAUGCGAGAGACAAUAAACAACAACAAACACCAGCAAAUCAAUUAAACCACGCAAUAUGGCAGAGCCUCCAUCCUCUCCGCCCGGUCCUGGGGCCAGCGUCGAGGAUACCCUUGGCUGGUACAAGUCACAGUAUGAACAAUUAGAAUCCGAACUGGCCGAAUUCAGGGAUUCGAGUAGGGAGCUUGAGCAGGAGCUGGAGAAGGAUAUCGAGAGAGCAGAGAAACAGGAGCGACAUCACCAAGAAAAAGCCGAAGCACUUGGUUUCGAGGUUGAGGAGUGGAAGAGAAAAUACAGGGAAUCGAAAACAGAGGCCAGCGCAUCCCAGAAUGCACUCGAGAAGGAAAUCACCACACUUCGAGACACAAACAGGACUUUGCAAAUGAAGCUGAGGGAUAUUGAAGUUGCCAACGAUGACUUUGAGCGACAGGCGCGCAACACCACGUCAUCUCUGGAAGAUAUGGAGUCAAAGUACAACCAGGCGAUUGAGAGGGCUGUCAUGAUGGAAGAGGAGAUCAAGAUUGGCGAGCAGGAGCGUGAACAGCUACGUAUCGAGUCACAGCGCUUGCGCGAGGAACUGGGCGACCUCAAGAUUGAAGCAGAGCUUCUACAGGACAAGAUCAAGAAACAGGAGUCUCGCCACCUCUCCACCAUUUCAACCGACCUUUCUAUCCUCGAGUCGCCAACUUUCGACCAUCCCGCCUCUCCUGGCUCUACAGCCAGUUCUCCUCUCAUUACCACGCCUCCAGAUUCCAAGUCGCCUGUACCAGACGAGGACACUCUCUCCGAACUUCCCGACCCGCCUUCGCCUCCCAUGUCUGAUGUCUCUGGAACUCUUCCCAAGAUGGCAUCGAGAACUCCCGCUGCUUCAAGGGCAUCUGGUCGUUCUCGUUUGCCCUCAUCAGACAACAGUGUCACUCCCAAGCCUCGAUCUAAGCCUCCUACCAAGACGACUCGCGCGCCUGGCAGCCGCAUCUCGACUGGUGGCACAACGACAAUGCGCACGCCAGCCAACCGUGCAGUUGGGCCUCGCUCGGCUUCCAACAAACUUCCCGCCUCUAACUCUCUCACCCAUAUUCGAACCCUUACCGCCCAGAUGCAACGCCUCGAGGCUCGUGUGCACUCCGCGCGAUCUAAGCUCCCCGGGCCGACUCGCACUCCACCUCGCGCCUCACCUCGAACGUCGGUCUAUAGCUCUACCAAUGUGCCUUCGUCGGUUACGAUCCGUUCUCGUAAGCGCACUGGUGGCUCUACCGCAUCUUCGGUUGCAGGCGACGACAUGACACCAACCACCGGAAUUCCAACACCAGCAACCAAGGGAAGCCACGUGCCCCGUCUUAGCACGUCUGGGGUCAGCCGCUUAUCAUUUGGCCCAUUGCCGAACCGUGGAGGUCCGGAGGAGAUCAGCAGGCCGAGCUCACGUGCUAGUGUCACAUCGUAUGCCCGACCUCCCUCACGAACCGCCGGAGAAAUGAUCCCACGGCCCGUUUCACGGGCAUCACUCUCAGGAACUCGAACCCCCAUGGGCCGACCUCGCUCCUCGAUGGGAGGAUCGAUUCAUGGCCACUCUGCCAGCAUUAGCCACCUGGACCUAGAGGAAGAGGAUGAGGGAGAUUUCCGAACGCCAAGCCGCAGGGGUACAUACUCGAACGGUGAAGGCAGCGCUAUCCCCAUGCCAACAAUCCGACGUCAGAGCGGUAGCCGAAGGAUAAGCGCAAACACAAUGAGGUCCAGUGUAUCCGGUCCGAGGAAACUGAGCGACCUGGGAGAGACCUACUAAACAGUUGCAUCCCACAAAAUUCCACGACUGUCCCAGGUCGUUUAUAUUCUUUGACAUGGUUUUACUUUGCAAGCGGUUCGAGCGGUUUACGCAAAUCAAAUUGGUCGCAUUUCACCUCAUCAUUGAUAUCCGUUUCUACAAAACAUAAGGGGUGGCAUGGACGGUUCGGCAUACUUUUACGGCUGGCGCUUCAAGACGGCGAAGACGGUGUUGACGAUGGUUACGGAAUUCCACUUCUUGCUCUCUGGCAGACUUCGUUACUAAUACUUCUGCUUCUUUGGGUACACUGGGAUUUCGGCACCGGGGUUUACGGAUGUUAUGAAGACAUGGAUGGCAUUGUUUAUUAUUAUUUUUCUUUUGUUUUUCUAGAAGGGAAGGGGCCUGGCUAGGUGUACAAUGUCCGAGUCACAUAUCCGUACAUGCUAUACCGGCCAGGCCUGGAGAGACGGGGGUGUACCGCACCAAAAGCGAGUCAUCGACUGGGCAAAUCAACUUGGAUGGUCCUUAUUUAAAAAAACGGCUUGCGAGAUGGGAGCGGGUAAUACUGGGGAAGAGUUGAUGCGAGGCUACCUUUACUUUGCUCUGUGAAGUAAGGUUGCUCGCGGGGGAGGGCGGACAUCAGUGGGGAGUCGUACGAUGUCUGACAAGGCUGAGGCAACGGCCCGCGGGCUAGAUUAGUCUGGGUUGCUUGCCUUACGAUCUUGAAUUAUUUAUCUAUUCUUUUCCUUUGUGCAAAUUGGAGUAGGAGGAGAGAGGGAGGUGUAGAUACAGACUGUGGAGGCGUAUGAUACAAUAUCUUAGCUUUAGCUUGAGGACUGGGGAGUUGGAGAUGAAACCUGGUCUAGAUACGCCCAAUACAUACAGAUAACUUCAUUGUGGUUUCAGGGCGUUAAAAAUGUAAAGGUCAAAGCAGCACUGCCCUCAGUACUACUGAAUUCGUAAGAAUAUCUGAU